UGCUUGUGACAGGACGUGCUGAUUUGAAAACGGGGACGACAUGGCCGGUCGUGUAUUGGAUCAGCGUGCGGAGACGCUGCGUGAAGCUGCCUGUGCAGGGGACACUGACACCGUCCAGGAGCUUAUCAGUAGUGGCGUCGAUCCCAAUGACCAGAACCACAUGAAUGGCUGGACGGCUGUGCACUGGGCAGCCAAACGUGGCCACGGUGGCGUCCUGCGCGUCCUCCUGGAAAAUGGAGGAAAUUUGCAGACCGUCAACAGCAAGAAUGAAACACCUGUAGACGUGGCCCACCCGGCCGUACUGCCCAUCCUUCGCGCUGCCGGUGUCACAGAGUUACCAUCAUCCGAUGAAGCGCCAAAGCAGGAUGGCUUCACACCCAAUUACUUGGCCAAUCCCGACUUCUUCUAUCUCAAAUCCACCCCUGGAGCAGGUCGCCAUGCCGACGCCCAAAAAUUGGCCAGCCUCAAGCGCAAACAAGAAGGUGCGAAUUUUCAGCGAGCUGCCCGGCCAGCCUGGCGACUUUGUCACAUUGAUGGUCUUCCCCUCGUCCCUGGGUGCCGAGAGAGCUCUGGUGUCAGCAUUCGUCGACCGGCUUGGAUUGGCUCAGGGGAGCUGCACACCAACCCCUUGUCUAAUAACUCACUCAAACCCGUCUUCAUCAUAGAUAUGGUUGCGCAGCAGACUGCUGCGGCAUCCCUGCCACAAGCCAACCACGCCCCCGCAAUCGCUGCCCCAACGUUGACCCCAGCCUCGGUGCCCCAACCAGUGCGUGACUCACACCCUCGUCUCCACCUUGACCGUUGCUGGGAACCCCUGAGGUUCUCCGCCUGCAGUUGA